AUGGACGCUCUCUCUAGAUUUGUGUUUCUAGUGUGUUUAUCCACAGUUUCUUCGGCUUUUGUUAAUUUGGCAUUAAAUAAACCAACUUAUCAGAACACACAACAGGAGUUCGUGGAUCCGAAGUUCGGUUAUUGUAAUGAAAGUUUCGCUACAGACGGGAAUCGGUAUGCGGGUGGUAACCCAUGGAAGUGCUCUUGUAUAGCAAAUGGAACUGGAACCAACACCUUCCCAUUGUGGCAGGUAGAUUUGGUGGAAGAAUCUAUCGUGACAAAAAUUGUGGUAGAUGUUUUGUCAAGAAUUUUACUAGAAGGCACUAAAGUGUAUGUGUCUGAUACACCCGAUCAAUAUAAACAAGGGAAGCUGUGUUUCCAUCAGUCAAAUGACCAAAACAUAGAGAAAACCGUCUCUUUCGACUGUCUUACAAAAGGACGUUACGUCACAUUUGAAGAUGAGCGUUCGCACGCCCCUGGAAAGAAAGGCGUAAUCAUAAUUGUGCUGUGUGAACUGGAGGUUUAUGGAUGUAGCAACAGCACAUGGGGAGAUAACUGUGACCAGCCCUGUCCCGACUACUGUAGGGACGGAUUAUGUUACCCAGAAACCGGUACCUGUUGGUUCGGAUGUGAGGAACUGGGCAAGACGUCAGAAUUUUGUAAUGAGACCUGCCCUAACGGGACAUUUGGACAAGAUUGUCAGGGUGUUUGUCACUGUGAGACUGGCGAGUGUGAUGUCGUGACUGGACAGUGUCCAUUCGAUAUAUGCAGUAAGGGUUGGAUUGGUCUAAACUGCAGUACAGUGUGCCCCAAUGGAACGUUCGGGUCCAUGUGCAGUCAAAGUUGCCGAUGUGCAGAAGGUACCUGUGAUCCGAUAAACGGAACUUGUCCUGGAGAUCUAUGUGGACGAGGGCGUGUGGGCCCCACGUGUAGUGAAGAUUGUCUGAGCGGAACAUUCGGGUUUGGAUGUAGCGAAAUAUGCCCCAACUGUGUAAAAGAAAGUUGUGAGGCAGAAUUCGGUGUCUGCUCUCUAGGAAGGUGCAAGGUCGGAUGGGCCACGAAAUUCUGCAACGAAAGUUGUCCGGCAGACAGUUUCGGACAAGACUGUUCCGGAUCGUGUCACUGUAGGAACGGAACCUGCGAUGUGAUAACAGGUGCUUGUCAAGACGAUCUCUGCAGGGACGGAUGGCUUGGAGCCACCUGUAGUCAAGCAUGCCCCCCCGGGAAGUAUGGGACAGAUUGUAAAAGUACUUGCAACUGUGUUAACAGUACAUGCGAACCGGUUAAUGGCAAAUGUGUAUGUCCGCCAGGACGAACAGGACUGACAUGUAGUGAAAACUGUAGUAAAGGAACUUACGGACCUGACUGUCGAGAGACCUGCUAUUGUGAGGGGAGAGAAUGCGAUCCUUUCAAUGGGUUAUGUUUCUCGGAUGGCCCCUGCGAGACAGGCUGGAAGGGACUGACUUGUAAUGAGCCUUGCGAGGCUGACACCUUUGGUUUGAAUUGCACCCAAGUGUGUCACUGUUUGGAUGGAACAUGUGACCACGUGAACGGCACGUGCCUGAAUGGCACCGAUUGCGAUGAUGGCUGGAUCGGGAUUCAAUGCGACCAAGUGUGUGCUGAUGGAACAUUUGGUAGAAACUGUAGUGAGACGUGUGACAACUGUUUACACGGAGGAUGUGACCCCCACACUGGGAAUUGUACUUCCGGGUUAUGCCAGGCCGGAUGGAAGACCGCUCUCUGCAACAAACCCUGUGACAAUGGUACUUUCGGGAGCAACUGUAGUGAAAUGUGUUACUGUGACUCCAAUAUCUGUGAUCCUAUCAACGGCACAUGUGACACCGGGAUUUGUCAGAGUGGCUGGCAUGGGGCCUCCUGUAGCCAAGCAUGUCCUUCCGGAAAAUAUGGACAAAAUUGUGAAAGCGAAUGCUACUGUCGAGUUGGCACAUGUGAUAAAAUGAAUGGGACAUGCCCGGAUGGAACUUGUCAGGAUGGAUGGAGAGGUGUCUCGUGCAAUGAUAUCUGUGAGAAUGGAACAUUUGGAGAGAACUGUUCAAGUACCUGUUACUGUGCCAUUGGCUCCUGUCAGCCUAUCAACGGAAUAUGUCCCACUGGAGGUUGUCAGAUUGGGUGGCAGGGACAGUCUUGUAGCCAAGCUUGCGACAACGGAACGUUUGGACUGAACUGCAGUGGUAUUUGCAAAUGCGAGACUGGCACGUGUAAUCCAGUGAAUGGCACGUGUAAGGAUGAUCGAUGUGAGGUCGGUUGGACGGGAAGCACGUGCAGUGAAUUGUGUCCAGACAUGAUGUUUGGAUUUAACUGUCAGCAGCAGUGCAUUAACUGUCUAAGAGGGACAUGUGACCCUAAAUCCGGUGUAUGUACUCAGGGACAGUGUCAAGCUGGCUGGUAUUCGAACAGGUGUAAUCAAUCUUGUGUUUCCGGAACAUUCGGAAUCAACUGCCAGUAUUCGUGCUACUGUGACACGGGUACCUGCGACAAAGUCAAUGGAAAGUGUCCCGGAAAUAUCUGCAGACCCGGAUGGACGGGACCAACAUGCAGUGCAGCCUGUCCCAGUGGAACUUUUGGAUACAACUGUUCCAGAACGUGUCUGUGUGUCAACGGAGCGUGUGACAAAAGCAAUGACUCUUGUAUUUGUAGUCCAGGAUGGCAAGGAAAGCUUUGUGAUACAGCCUGUGGCUUUAGCACAUGGGGAGAUAAAUGCAUGUCAAAUUGUUACUGCGCGAACGGAACCUGUGAUCACGUGACCGGGGUUUGUGCGGGUGGAAGAUGUCGGCGUGGUUGGAAAGGAACAGCAUGUAACGAAGUCUGUGUUGUGGGAACGUUUGGUCAGAACUGUGAGGAAAGCUGCCACUGUAAGGGUGGAGCAUGUGACCCUAUUUAUGGAAUAUGCCCAACAAACGCCUGCAAGCCUGGAUGGAAGGGCAUCUACUGCAAUGAAGCUUGCUUGGGUGGCACAUUUGGAGAAAAUUGCAUAAACAGAUGUUACUGUGAUCAAUCGACUUGUAACACCAUCAACGGAACCUGUCCUGGUGACGUGUGUCAAGCAGGAUGGACCGGAAACACGUGUAGUAACCUUUGUUCGGCUGGAUACUUUGGUGCGAAUUGCAGCAGACAAUGUCAUUGUGAAACUGACACCUGUGACCCUAAUACGGGUAUCUGUCCGGGAAAUAAGUGCAAAGCUGGCUGGCAACGUCCGACAUGCAGCGAACCUUGUCCGAACGGGUCGCAUGGUGAUAGUUGUACUGAGAAGUGUCACUGUCUGUUCGGUACCUGUAAUUCGACAUCAGGAUUAUGUCCCGGAUUGUGCCAAGAUGGAUGGACAUCCCCAAAAUGCAACAAACCUUGCCUGGCAGGACGAUUUGGAUUUGAAUGUGCCAAGACAUGCCACUGUGCAUCAGGUACCUGCAACCACGUGACCGGAAAGUGUCCCAGUGGAGGAUGCCUACCUGGCUGGCAGGCAGAUACGUGUAGCAAAGUAUGUGACUCGGGCUAUUACGGCGAUGCCUGUGCUAAUAAAUGCGGCGAGUGUUCCGACAGUGUCACAUGUCACCACGUAAACGGUACCUGUCCAGCUGAUCUUUGUCAAUCUGGUUUUUCUGGCGCGCAGUGUCAGACGGCUUUAGUUGAGGAUGCAAGUGUAAGCGUCGCUGGUAUCAUUGGUGCGGCCGUGGGAUUGUUGGUGUUGAUGUUGCUCGUUCUUCUAGUUGUUCUGUUUGUGGCUCACAGAAGAGGUCGAAAUUCAAACCGACAGCGAAUGAUGAACUCCAUUGCAAAUCUUUACGGUGAUAAUAGAACCCAAUCCAGAAAUGUCAUUUAUCGUGGAGAUAGCAUGGAUAGUAAUGCUCCAUGUUCUAAGACUUACCACGUGAACAGCUUGACACGAAACUCGUUCGACAAUGAACUUUUCGUGGACAGUUGUAAUGACGCUGUCCCGAGAGAGUAUCGUUCACUAAACAGCUCGAAAGAAAUGUAUGAUUGGAGCAGCACCGCUAGUCUAAACGAGUACCAUGAAGAACCUAGUUCGGGAACCAUCAAUUAUGAUACCAAAAUGAAACUUCAAGGAUUCGAGGAAUCGGUGGUUACUAAGAAACAGCUUGGACGUAUUAGUGACGAAUUCAAGCAUCUGCCAACAGGUCAACUUUUCUCAUGGGAUGUAGCAGAACGGCCAGAAAAUAAACCUAAGAACCGCUACAAGACAAUUCUUCCAUAUGACCAGACAAGGGUAAUACUUAGAGCCAGACAAGGGCAGACCGAUUAUAUAAACGCCAGUUUUGUACAGAGUGUCGGAGGCGAUGAAUGUUACAUAGCCUCACAAGGUCCCAAAGAUAACACAGUCUGGGACUUCUGGAGGAUGACAUGGGAACAGCAUUCAAAUAAGAUUGUCAUGCUAACGGACCUACGGGAAAAAGGAAAGGAAAAAUGUUGCCGGUACUGGCCGAAACUGGGGCAAGUCUUGACCAAUAAGGAACUGACAAUCACUACACUGGAAGAGAAGUCUAAACUCUACAUCACAACUACACUUUUAAACAUUAAAGAGGAGAAGACAAAGGAGAAGAGAACAGUUCACAUCUUCCACUUCCUAGCCUGGUCAGAUCACGGCACGCCGAAUUCAUUCAGACUGGCAAUUUUCCAACGCCAUGUGGAUAAAAGUGUAGCUUCACAAUCCGGACCGGUCAUCGUCCAUUGCAGUGCAGGAAUCGGUCGUACAGGGACAUUUAUAGCCCUUGAUGGUCUCCUCAAGCAUGGACGACGCACGGGAAUGAUCGACGUCUACAGCUAUGUUGCUAAGAUUAGGUCAUGCCGCAAGGGUAUGGUACAAACGCAGGAUCAGUAUGCGGCCCUAUAUGAAUCUUUGGUGGUAGCACUGACGCACCCAGAUACUUCAAUACCACGCAGCCUUGUUCCAGACGUUUCAGAAAACACGCAAAGACUCAAACAAGAAUUUGAGAUCCUGCGUAAAAAUCGUCCACAGUAUGAGAGUACAGAAUAUUCGUCUGCAUUAUCUGUCCAAAACGUAUGCAAGAACAGAAGUAUGAAAAGUUUACCAAGUGACAUAUACCGGGCACCCCUUAUUUCCCAAGACACCGGAAAUGGUGACUACAUCAAUGCAGUCCUACUACCAACUUGUCUUGAUAUGGAAGGAUAUUUGGCAACCCAGAUUCCCUUGCGGCACACAUUGGUGGAAUUUUGGAGCAUGGUGCAUGACUAUAACUCGCGCAUAAUCGUCAUUCUUGAUAAAGUAGAAGAUAAUUUCGACAUCGUACCGCUGGGAGAACCUUUAAGUGUUGGGCCCUUCAUCCUGGAAUCACAGGGACUGCGUUCAUCUGAUAGCGGUAUUACGGAGAUGACGGUAUCACUUCAGAAACAGGGAGAAAGGGAGAGAAAGGUAAAGGUGUAUCUAUCAUUUGGUACUGACGACAAAAAGAGCGUGAUGUCAACACAAAAGUUGAUACGAGUCGCAGAGUUGGCGAAAGAGGACGAUGAUGAAAAUCCAACCACUAUCGUCUGCAAGGAUGGACAAAGCAAAUGCGUGCCAUUCUGUGUAAUAGCGUCCCUAAUACAGAAAAUAUCUUUGGACCAACUGGUGGACGUAUUUGAUAUAGUGAGGGAGAUUCUUAUUCGAAAACCGGGCGCAAUUCAAUCUUUUGAGCAAUAUCAAUUCUGUUACAAGGUUUUGAGCCAAUAUGUGAAACAGAAUAGGAAGUCCACUACUUAA